AGUUAGCCCGUCAUAUGAUCAGUGUUCUCUGAAACAAGGAUGUGAGACAAAACAGUAACCGCUGCAAGAAAGUCAGCACACUCGUAUUUUCGGUGCUGAGAUGAAUUCCCUUCACUUCAUUCACGCGGUUCUUCACUGCUGGACUGUGGGUCUGGUCGUUUCUAGGGUCAGUGGGAAGCAGGUCUGGCCAGUGCCUUACCAGCGACUUGACAGACGUCCAGAUGUUGAUCCCUUCUGCCAGGCUUUAUACCCUUUUUGUCCCACUGGAGAUCCAGAUGGUCGGAUACCUGUCAUGGGAGACUCGGACGUCAUCUCAGUGUUCAGACUUCAGACUCCUGUGUGGGAGUUCAAAUAUGGUGACCUUUUGGGAAAGUUUCAUGUCAUGCACGACGCCAUUGGCUUUGGAAGCGCAAAAACUGGGAGAAACUUCACUAUGGAGUGGUACGAGCUGUUUCAGCUGGGGAAUUGCACUUUUCCUCAUGAAAGAGAGGGUUUGAGUGCGCCGUUCUGGUGUAACCAGGGAGCAGCAUGCUUUUAUGACGGCAUAGACGACUUACACUGGAAGCAGAAUGGGACUUUGGAGAAAAUAGGAGAGAUUUCAGGUGAUAUGUUUAAUAAGUUGGCUCUGUGGGUUCAGAAGGACAAUGAAACGGGGGUGUAUUACGAGACAUGGACGGUAAAGUCAGACCCUGGUGCCAACGCCACAACAUGGUUUGAGUCCUACGACUGUUCUCAGUUUGUGCACCGCACGUAUAAGAAAUUACUGGAGCUGGGUGCCCAACUGUUGAGCAAGACUCCAACCAACUACACAAAGAUCUAUCUGUACAGCGGAGAGCCUCUCUAUCUGGGAGAUGACACCAUCUUUCAACAGUCUUCUCUGAAAGAUCUUGCCACAGACAUUAAGAAGUUCUAUCACUCGUUUCGCUCUCACCAGUCAGUGAUCGAAAUGAUUAUGAGCCUGUUGGAGGCUUAUGAAAAGACAGUCCUCGAGAAGACCUUCUAUUUCUACUUCAACUCUGAAUAUUGGAAGCUGCCGAUGAAAUAUCCAUUUUUACAAAUAACCUAUGAGGAGAUUUCUUUUCCAUAAUGAACAUUUUUUUAAUACUACAUAAAAUUAUUUUUCCUACUUAUUUUCCAUACUAUCAGAUAAGUGUUAAUUUGUACUAAUGCAUGGAAAACACAUUUAUGAACAUUGUUGCCUUCUGUAAAACAUUCGCAAAGUGUGCACAAGUGUUUAUUUGCUUUUAUUUAUUUCAACAAAAAACAAUGUUAUAAUCAUGUUUUUACACCACAGGAAAUGUAAUAUUAGCAAUACAAGCAAUAUGCUCACUUGCUUCAGAAAAAUGAAAUACAUGAGCACUUGGUUUGAUGCUGUUAAUGGCUUUGAGUUGAUGUAAUGCUCUUUAGCUUGCACUUUCAAAAAGUCAUGUCUAGCAAAAAGCUUUGUGUUUUAACGGUAAGAUAUGCACUGACUAAAGCCUUGCUUUGUUAUUUUAGUGAUAUAACUAAAUUGUAUGCGAACUACCGUGUUGUAGAUUCUGUUCUGUUCAUUUUCAAGAAUGUUUUGCUAUCAAAUGCAGGAAUCUUAGUUUUCACGUAGAUGCUACAUUUACAAAAGCCAAUACAGCCUUUAAUUUUGGAUAAUUAGUUAAACUUACAUGCUACUGACUUUUUAUAAAUUAUUUAGAUAGCUAAAACUAUCAGUAUAAGCAGAUUAAUACAAAAAAAGCAUAUCAAUAAUUUACACUGAUGAUCAACUAAUCACAUCACAUCACUCAUCUGAAAGAGAUCAGCACAGAAACACUUUGAACCUCCACAGAAGUAUACAUUAGUAUUUCUAUUCAUAUCAAAAACACAGCAUUUUAUAUACAGACACACGGAGCUUCCUUCUUAAAGGAAAAAGUUUUCACUGCUUCACUCCAAUACUGAAUCAUAUUGAACUGAAUGGAAGGGCGCAUGUUAAUGCAGCCAUCCAGAAAAAAAGAAAUCAUUCAUUAUCUGCUUGUAUCCCAUUCAGUUUUUCAUUGCACAACAUUCUUCAUGCAAUCCAAUAGAAACCAAUCAACGGUUCAUUCUAUCUCUAAAAUUCUAUUACCAUCUCUUUCCAAAAUUUGAGGACACAAGUGUUCUGUGAGCCAAACAGUGAUCCUUUCAUUCCCAUCCUCUCUGACCAACUCCAACAUACCUUGAAAAUAAUGUUUUCGACAUCUUCCCUGCUAACCCAAAACAUGAGCGACUGUUUCUUUUCUACUUGCUUAAACCAAACAAAAUAAAUAUUUCCAUUUGGUAUGAAUAAGGUGCAUAUUAUUCACUAUACAUUUUUGUACAAAAGCACUGUAAUACCAAAUCUAUGUAUUAAUAGACACAAAUCACACAACAUACAGUUCUUUAUCUACAUAAACCAAAUCAGCACUUAUUGUAUGUACACUUCUUUCAGCCUUGAGCUUGUGUUGGUGAACUUAUUAGUGAAUGGAAACCGCUCUCACUGAAGUCUUAUGGCAUUUCCUGCCACUAGGAGGCGCUGCUAAAGAGUGCUAGUGAGAGCUGGUUCAACUAAGUACACAAACCGUCAUCAAAAUGGGAUUAUGGCCUGAGCCGCUGGGAUAGGCGCCUACAUUCCUGUCACCCUACAUUGAUUGGGCAAGCACUUUAGGAAAUGGAUGGAUGGAUAAAGCUUAUGCAUUUAUACUAAAUACACUGUUUGUGCUCUAGUGGAUGAAUGAUUUAUUUACAUGAGAUCCACCCUUUACAGUUUGAGCCACUGAAAACAGCCACAGAUA